AUGUCAAUUAAAAAGUUAGCUCUACUUGCAGGUUUAGGUCUCAUCACCUAUCAUACUAAUCCAACUCGUGAAGAUUUCGACCAACAAUUCACCAAACAUGUUAAAAAGGAGAAUGGAGCUAUAUUGUCAUUUGUAGCCAAGGGUGUAUUAUAUUUAACAGAUCUCGUCGAUUUUGCAACAACCAAACCAAUCGAAGCAAACGAUUAUAAAAGAGAUCUAUUGGCAGUUGGCAUCUUUGGUAAAUGGAUCUUUGUCAGAGAUAUUAAACUUUAA